AUGUGGUUGCCCCACAGGCAAAGGUCCCAGCAGACCCUGGAGAACAGCCUCAUUUACUGGUGUUGGAACAAGUACACUAAGGAUAUUACAAAUUUCAGUUGUGUUCUUGACCUCUCCAAGUGUCCUUUCAUUCAGGGAAAAAUGUUGUUUGCUCAGCCCAAGGAUGCUGGUUUUUCAUUUAUCCACAAUAUCAAUAGUCAUUUGGCCAGCCUCUCCAUUGUUGGAAACGCGAUCCCCACUCCUGACCCCGCUAUUAAGGAGAAAGCUUUAUGUGCUCCGGAUAACUUGAAUGCACGUAUUGAAAAUCAGGGGCAGAUUAAGAUGUACAUCAAUGAAGUGUGUCGGGAGACUGUGUCACAUUGCUGCAACUCGUUUCUGCAGCAGGCCGGAUUAAAUUUGUUAAUAAGCAUGACAGUUAUUAAUAACAUGCUUGCCAAGUCCGUUUCAGACUUGAAGUUUCCUUUGAUAGCAGAGGGAAGUGGAUGUGCUGAGCUUCAGGUUUUGAAACUGUUAAUGGGUUUGUCCGAAAAGCCAGUCUUGGCAGGGGAAUUGCUGGGUGCCCAAAUGCUGCUCUCAUUCAUGUCCCUCUUUAUGAGGAACGGAAACAGACAGGUUCUCCUGGACACCCUGGCCUCUUAAAUGGCCAUCUCGAACAGAAUGGAACUGAAUCUGCCCAAAACCCUUCUGGUGAACACACACAUGUGUUCUCACUCAAAGAAUCUGCAGUGGGUGCUGUUGAAGAUCCAGUCUUAGCCCAUCACCACAUCACGGGGUGAAAGUUACACUUGCUAAAUCGAGGACCACACUCCUAUUGGCCAGGCAGGGGUUCCCACAGGGCUUGGAGUAACUUCUUGGUUUUGCAGUCUGCAGGCAAUGUGCAUUGUCAGUCACUCCCUUGUGGCCUUCUUCCUGUGGUAAAGGGAUCAUUCCAGCUGCCAGCUGUGGAUACAGAACAUCCUAUUAUAGCAUCAUGAGGGAUGCCCUGCCCGUGGUGGUCUCCCUGUCUAAGCGGGACCAUUUUGUGGAGACCAGACACAUAUCGGAGCUUGUGCUGAAAAUGCUUUUGUUGCCGCCUAGGUUGAAUUCUUUCUCAUUUACUGCUUCUUCUUUGCGAGCUGAUGGAUGGUGAACCUAUUCAUCAAAAACCUACACCCCCCUUUUGUGUGUUGUACUGACUUAACCUUAUCCACCCAAACCUACCAUUUGUAUGUAUCAUCAAUAAAGGUGUGUGCUUUGAUUGGCAAAAGCGA